AUGAUUGCACAACUCACGGAGUUGGGCCAUGAUUUCAAAGGCACACCCGCCCUGCAGUGGAUGCGUGAACACACCGAAGUGCCUAUUCUAGCGGUAGUCUUUUAUCUCGCCUUUGUUUUGUUUGUACCGAAUACCAUCAUGGCCCAUCGACCACCAAUAAAAAUGCGAUUGUGGAAUAUUCUCUGGAAUCUCGUACGCACAGUCUUCGCUGUUGGUGGGACUUAUUACUGUGUGCCGCAAUUAAUGGAAUGGUGUACGGCCUCUUUGAUUCCAAAUCUCCUUCCCCGACACUUACGAGAUCCGCAGCCAAUUGUAGAAGGGAGUUUUUAUACAUCUAUGUGUUAUUGGAAUAAAGGGAUGUUUCUGGAUGGCACAGCAGCGAUGUGGUUAUUACUCAUAAAUCUUCUUAACUUGUCAGAAUUAAUAAAUACCGUAUUUCUUGUUUUUCAGAAGAAACCGGUAAACUUUCUUCAUUGGUAUUAUCAUGCUACGGUGUUGCUUUUCUGUUGGCAUGCGUAUGUGACUCAGACAAGCAGUGGUCUUUGGUUUGCCGCUUUGAAUUAUUCUGUACAUUCCAUUUUAUAUUUAUAUGAUUUUCUCUUUGCUUGUGGACUUGGUAAAGUGAUUCGGCCCAUUGCCCCAGUUAUCUCCGCAUUAAAGAUUCUUCAAGUGUUGGCUGGUACCUUUAUUGUUGUUUACACGGCUGUGCAGCGGGCUGUACACCCUAAUGGCUGUGAUACCGCUAAUAGCAGUAUUCUUAUUGGAUUGUUAAUAUACGGCAGUUAUCUUUUACUCUUCUUUCGUUUCUUUUUACUGCGCUUGUCGCCUCAUCGGAUAUUCUUGAAGAGUCGGAAAAGUAAGAGGCGAAAGCCGUUGGUCUUGCAGAGUAUGGUGGGUGUAGUGGAUGGGGAGAAUCUCUUUGAAAUGGACGCUAAGCAUGGAUUAAGAAAGUAUGUGUAG